AUGUCUACUACCAAGUUCAAAAAUCUAAGUCAAGAAGACACUGAAUGCCUUAGAUAUGAAAGUGAACGUCGUCUUAAAGCGGCCUGGGCUAAUAUAAUCAAACGAUAUCAAAACUUGUCUAACAACGAGACGGACGAGAUCGAUUUAAGAUCUCAAACUGUUGUUAUUGACCGAGGGGUCAUUCAAAACUACAACGAGCAUAAACUUGGAACGGCGUUCGGAAUGCACUUUUCAAACGCGCCUAUAGAAGACGCAGACGACGAUACUGUUUGGCUAUUAGAUUCCUCAGCUAAAAACAAAGUUAAAAAUGAGAAUAACAAUGAGAUUACGAAUAAAUCAAAUAAUAAUUCACUAGACGUCAAAGACGAAAAUACUUCUGAUCUUGAUAAGAAUGUAAAAACAUCACCUAAUCCUGUUAAUAAUGUUGAUACACAAGUGAACGUUCAGAGACGACUCCAAGUAUAUUCUAUGUCAAAGUCGCCUCCUCCAGUCCAUACAACGAAAAUAAGUUCACAAGUGAGACGACUUCAACUAUAUUCCACGGUCGAAUCAGGAUCCGAAAGUUCCGAUGAAGAAUGGUCAAAUGUUACACGAGAAUGCGCUCAAUAUUGGCUGGGUAAGCUUCAUUUGUAA